GCCAUCCGUGUGGUGGACUGCGCUCAAGACAUGAACACCAAGUUAUGCCGGCAUAUGGACAUCAAUGUCUACCCGACGCUCAAACUCUACUGGUUUAGUCCCAAACCCGAUGAUAAGGGCAAUGAACUCCAGGCCGAUGAGAGGACAUCGGAAGGCCUACAGAAAGGUGUCAUCAAAUGGAUUACAGACAAUUGGGUGAAAGGAGUGCCCCGUCAAUGGCCAGACUUGAUGCCCGUGUCUGCCCUUUCCAAAGACCUAUUCAUCAAAUUACUUCCCAUUGAAAAAGGCAUUCCUGUGGUUGUGGUGGUCGAGGAGGAGAAGUCGUUUGUGGGCCAAGAGAUAAUUCUCGACAUUAGUGCAUACCAGUCAUCUGUCACUGUAUUACGAAUGCUGGACACCAGUGAAGCACUUCUGAAUGAAAUACUUCCCAAAAAUAUAAAGAGCUAUAAAUUACCGAUUUUGCUGACCAUUGAUAACACGGACUAUGAGCCCGACGACUAUCCUGUGAAGGAAAUCCGCGAACAAUACGUCAAACGAAUCAAAUCACAGUUUGUCUCCCAUUCCCUCCUGAGUAGCGAACAAAACGGACAAUACGUGCAACAGAUAGCGCCCAACAAACAGCCCGAAGACUCAUCGGUGGCUAAAGUGAUGAAUAGCAUCGAGGGUCCGAAGACUGGCCACCGGAUCCAUAUGUCUGACCUGAAUAACGCUCUGAGAUAUUCACUGUUCAAAGAAGUGGCGCUCAAAAGGAAACUCAAUUCAACUCAAAUCAAUGCUCUCAAGAAUUACUUAUCA